GGCUCGGCGUCUAGGCUUCACAUUUUGGACUUGUCAAGGCAGGAUCGCCAAGAGCAGAGAUGGGUUACCCAUUGGUGAACUCACGUGGUCCUCCUCACUUGCUGUGGUAGCAGUGUCCUUUUCCGGUCUCUUCACCUUCAUCUUCCUCAUGCUUGCCUGCCUCUGCUGCAAGAAAGGAGACAUUGGGUUUAAGGAACCGAUUUCUGCAGUCAAAAAUUUCAGCCGAAAGGAGUUUGAGAAUAAUGAGGGUGAGGAUUACACAGGAGAAUUCUCACCCCGCACCACGUCCUCAUCACAGAAUGGACCUGAGGUUUACAUACUGCCACUCACAGAGGUUUCAUUUCCUGUCUCAAACCAGCCAUCUGCAAGACCAGGGCAAUUCCUUCAACAGGCCGAGUUGGGCCGCCAAAGCCUCCUCUACCUAAAAGAGGCAGGCAGCAGUUGGUUUGGAAAGGUGUUUCUCGGUGAAGUGAACAUCAGCCUGAAUUGUUGCCAGGUGGUGGUGAAAGAGUUAAAAGCCGGUGCCAGUAUUCAGGAUCAGAUGCGAUUCCUGGAGGAAGCCCAACCACACAGAAGCCUCCAGCAUCCCAAUCUGCUUCAGUGCCUAGCUCAGUUUACCGAGGUGACGCCUUAUCUCCUUGUCAUGGAGUUCUGUCAGCUGGGUGACUUAAAGGGUUAUCUGAGGACUCAUAAUGCAGCUGACGAAUUGGCCCCUGACCCUACAACGCUGCAGAGAAUGGCGUGUGAGAUCACAUCAGGCCUACAGUACCUCCACAGACAUAAUUACAUACACAGUGACAUGGCCCUGCGAAACUGUUUGCUGUCUGCAGACCUAACUGUUAAAAUUGGAGACUACGGACUGUCUCACAAUAAGUACAAGAAAGAUUACUUUGUAACUCCUGACCAGCUCUGGAUUCCACUCCGCUGGAUUGCACCUGAGCUUAUCGAUGAUGUUCAUGGGAAUCUGCUGGUGGUGGAUCAAACCAAGAUUAGUAAUAUCUGGUCGCUGGGUGUAACUUUAUGGGAACUGUUUGAGUUUGGUAACCAGCCUUAUCACCGGUGCUCCGAUAAGGAGGUGCUUACGUAUGCUAUUAAAGAGCAGCAACUGAAACUGCCAAAACCCCUGCUGAACCUGCCACUGUCUGACCGAUGGUACGAGGUGAUGCAGUUCUGUUGGCUGCAACCAGAGCAAAGACCCACAGCAGAUGAAGUCCAUCUGCUCCUCAGUUAUCUUUGUGCAAAAGCAUCCAGUGAGGCCGAGGAAGAGUUUGAAAAACGCUGGAAUGCAAUGAAACCAAGUGGCUCAAGCACCAGCCAUACAGCUGAAGUCUCGUCCUUUCCACUCCUGGAGCAGUUUGGAACAGAUGGGUUUCAUACUGAAGUGGAUGAUGUGUUGACAGUAACUGAGACGAGCCAAGGCCUUAACUUUGAAUAUAAGUGGGACCACACACAGAUGGAUAAUUUUCCGCCAUCUUCUGCAAGCCUGGGCCAUGGCAGUGCCCAGUAUCAGGAGAUCUACUUUCCAAACAGUGCGUCAGGAAGGCUAAGUUUGAGUGUUUCCCCUGUCUCCUCAAACUCCUUCUAUGAAUCUAAGCAACAGUCUAACAUUCCACAGAACCUGCAGCCACCAGGCGUUGUGCCAGUUAUUAGUGCGCACAGCCCUUCAGUAACUGGGGAAUACUACAUACGUAUUGAGGAACCAACUGAAUGCAAUAUGGAUCUGGACUAUACGAUGUGUUCCUAUAGCCCUGAUUAUGAUGCAAACUUGCAGGUGGAGUCUUCGUCCUGGCAAGAAUUACAAGGAAGGGACAGCAUAGAUGAUUGUGAGAACAGCCCAACCAUCUCCUUGACCAUGGAACCUCUUUUGGGGCAGGUAUCAUCAACAACCCAAGAUUCCUGGGAAGACAGCCAAUAUUUUAGCAAGAAUAAGAGCCAAACAUACUAUGAACAUUUCACAGUGGAUGAUGCUAAUCAAUAUUUGUUAGAGAAUUACUCUGAAAAUAGUAAUGAUUGGAAAAUACAGACUCCUGGAGAAAAUAGUAGUGAGAACCCUUUGGGAAUAUCUCCUUUGGUAACUAGUUCCUUCAGGGAUUCCUGUUCAUUGCUUGUAACUUCUUAUGAUGAACUGGAUGAAACUGGAUCAAAUAAAACAUGUCAAGUACCUGCUGCUGAAGAGUUUAAAUAUUCUGCACAAUUUGUAAAUACAACAUUACAUUCAAUCGAUGAUUUGGACACCAUGAAGACUCUUGCAAUCAGUGACCCUUCACAAGCAAACAUGCCAUCCAAAAAGGUUACAGCAUCAUCCACAAGCACAUUGUUAACUGAAGAUGAAAACUUAUUGACACCUGAGAUAAAAUCAUGGGAAUCCAGUAGUUUCUUAAAUAAUAACAGGGUGGAUUUAGCAAAACAGUUGCAGGAGCAGGAAGAUAAUAGCACUGAAUUCUUUCAUGGAAGGCUCCAAACAGAAUUUUCAGAACUAGACUUGUCCAAGCUGGGAAAUGUCACUCCACUCUCUUCCCAUACAACUGAUACACACAACUCUAGAUUGGGUCAUUCUGUUGAAGCAGAGAAUGGGAACUGCAACAGGAAGGCAAAGUACAAAGAAGUUGAUCAGGACAGUCAAAGUUUUGAACAGUCACUCUCCAUUACUGAAGAGAAAGAUGGGCUUUUUAACACUUUAUAUAGAGUGACCCAGCAAGAGGAAAGUCGGAUUCUCAUUUCUGAUAGAUUGCAAGCUUCAAGGAGUGAAGAACUAGUCGACCCUUUACUUGGCAUGACCGUGAAGAGUUGUGCCCUUGGUGACUAUGGCAAAGCCAGGACCCAACCUGAGGGUGGUGAAACUAGUUUACCUGGCCGAGAUGCAGACGUGGCCAGUAUUAAUGAUCAAUUGGAAGUCAUUGUUCAAGAGACUAAUCAGUUAAAGAUUGAUAGAGAAGAGGUUCAUAGUCCAACCCAAUUGAAGAUUGAAGUAGAAGUUAAAGAUAGCAAUAUCAUUCAUUCAGAACUGGAAAUGACCGAUGAUACAUACGAAGUGCAAACUGCAGUGAGGGAUUUGACAAACUGUUCCCAGUUUGAAACAGUUGAUAAAAGUGAAAAUUGCACCUCAUCUGGUGUAGAAUCUAAAGACCCUGACAGCUCUCCAAUAAAGACCCUUUCCAGUGUAAGCUUUGCUGAAACUGAUGUGUGCAGUGAUGAAGAUGAAACAGAUAACACUUCCGGAAUAUUUACGGAUUUAACCCAGGACUAUGAAAAUAGUGACAUUGUUCUCUCUCACAAAUCUCUGCAGAAACUAGUGGGGACACCAGAUUCACUCGAGUCACUUGACAUCCCAUCUACAACUAGUUCCUGUGAAAUGUAUAGUCCAACAUCAUAUUAUUCAUCCCUCCAACCGAAGGCUGCAGACAGUGGCUAUGACACAGAGAAUUUUGAAUCCCCUGAAUUUGUUUUGAAGGAGCCAGUUGAACAGAAGGACCCUGAGCUGUUCACCAAAAUAGGCAAACCCAAUAAUGUUACUGUGAUGAAGGUGGGUAGUGAUGAUGCGGAAAUGUCACAGGACUCUGAACCACAGGCCAUUGAUGAAAAAAAUCCCUACAGGGACUCAGCGUAUUUCUCGGAUUAUGACGCUGAGUCAGAAAGAUAUCAAACCUUAGAUUCAGAGAAAGAUGAUCCUGCCCAAGGUGAGAUUGAUCUAAUGGAACUAAAUAAAGAACACCUUGCCAACAUUCCUCUACAACAGAAUGACUGUGUGCAUCUGAGUUGCUCAGAGCAGAACAGCGCUGUCCUGAAGCAAAAUGAAAGCCUAAAAAGUGCAGGUAGAAAUUUAGAGCAUUGCAAUUUGAUCCAAAGGUUACACGAUGAUCCUGCAGAGGGCUUAGUGAGCAGCAAAAAGGGUUUCUCUGCUGAAGUUUCCAUUCUCAUUGAGAAAGAAAUAGACCCAAUAUUUGAUCAUCCAGAUGCAGUCGUAUUGACAGAAGCAGAAACCGAGAAAACAACAGAGUUAAGUGUUCCUGUAACAAAUGAGAGAUUUCAUGAUCAGGACUUAGAAAUUGGGAAUGGGAAAAAAGCAGUUCAAGCUGACUAUUUAGUUUGUAGACAGAUAUUAGAAGAAGCGGGUUGCUCCAAUUCGAAGGACAAGGAUGGAUUUGUUCAAAGCAGUUAUAAUUCAGAAACUCUUCUUGUAAAGAAGCAGGUAUCUUUACGUAAGAAAGGGUGCCUUCACAAAACAUCAGGCUGCAUCUUUGAUGGGACAGAAUUAAUACUGGAAGAGCAGUUAUCUGAACAAGGUAGCGACACAGUUGGACUUCAAUGCACUGAUGUUGAGAUGAGGAAAUUCCAGCCGUAUUCUUUGAACGUUGAGGAAAAGCUGGAGAGCUGCAUUGUUCCCAAAAUACAGUCAGUUCAGUUGUCAUUAGAGCUUCCUUUAUUAGGUAUUAAGAAAGAAUCCCGACAGGCUUUCGAUGGGGAAGAAGGAGAUGAAGAAGAUGAGGAUGAUGAUGAAAGUGAUGACUCCGAUGAGGAACUUGGCAUCUAUAACAUUCAGGAACACAGUGAAGAGAGCGAGGAAGAAAUUCCCGCUGUUCCCAUUAUUGUAACAGAGAAAGAUGAUGGGAAGAACCUGAGGAGCCUUCUAAAGUUACCUAAUUUGGUGUGCGAGACCUUCUGUGAUGAUCUUGACCGAAAGAAAAAAGCGGUGUCAUUCUAUGAUGAUGUCACUGUCUAUCUUUUUGACCAGGAAAGUCCAACGGGUGAACUGAGUGAGCAGAACAUUCCAGAAGUUGACCCAGCAUUUCAAUACCAUCCUGAACACUCGCAAAACAAAAGCACCAGCGUCUCCACGGCAACGGAGAGGCAGAAUACUUCCAACAAUUCGUCGGAUGGGAACUUCUCUGAAGAAAGUGGAGGCUUUGAGUGGGAUGAUGACUUUCCUUUGGUGCCAGUAAAGUCAUCCUUAGUAACUGAAGGUUCCUCUUUGGCAUCUGAAGCUGCUUCCAGUGCUGUUCCCUCAGGCCCAGAGCAAAAUCAGGUGCAGAAAACACGAUUCUCCCGUUUCACCGUCUCACCUGCCACUGUCUCUAGGUUCUCAAUUACACAUGUAUUGGACUCAGAGAUUGAGUCAGUCGGAGGCAGUUUUGAGGAGGGUGAAAGGGAAUGACGCACACAUGGGCCAAGGCUGGAAUUUUAUUUUAUUUUUGGAAAAUAAAGCAAAUGGACAAGACCUGACAGGAAAAAGAACCGCAAAUGAAUGUUUCGCUCGAUGACUUUAAUUGCUUUGAAUUGUUGGACAAUUUGAUCGCAAGUUUUGGCUGCUAGCACAUAUGGACGCACUGUUACAACACCUGUGGUGGUUAAAGUUGCUGUGCAAUUCACAAAGUCUCCUCCAUGUAGUUUGGGCACCCCUUCCCUAUCCAGCCGAUCUGUAUUUAAUCAGGACUCCGAGGAUUUCACUGCAAGCAAAUGUGGUGUGGCGCCCAAAGUCAUGGGGAAGGUUACCACUGACGGGAAGGUUUUAUCACACGGAGGAGACCCUACAUGUCGCAGGCCUACCACAGUGAGGAACCUGAUAUCUCCAAUGCAGAGCAACUGUGAAGGCUUAUUGAAAAUAGACACUGCAGACUGUUCGGGCUCCGUUUGUAAUGAACCACAUUUUGCAAAUAAUGCCAUCCGCUUAUAGUCCUCAUCUGCUCAGGCAUCUGACGAGAAGUGCUUGGACGAAGCUGCUCACUAACUUUUGCCCACAUCACAGUACAAAUGUCGUACCAUUGAACAUGCCUCACAGUAUUCAGUCCACAGUAUUUAGUGUUUCCGCCUUUACGCGUUUGAUAUUGAAUAGUGUAGAAAAUCAGUUAAACUGCAAUCUCUAUACUAUUUUUGUAAAACCAUUCAGACUACUGAUGAAUAUAUUGUAAAUGUUGCCAAAGAGAUGUAAAAAUUGUGCAGCUCCUAGCUACAUUAGUUGCUACCUGUAUGGCUUUAAGCUAUCGUGUCAUAGUACAAAUUUUAAAAAGGAGACGCUGAGUAUGUAGCAGUUUUUUGCCUCCCUCAUCAAGCUAUACAGACGCAACAUUUAUUAUAUUAAAAAAAAAUUGACCAGUUGCAUGAUGCCAGUGAGCAGGGCUGUCUUUUAAGUGUUACAGCUGUUAGUACUUUGUAUAACUGAUCAAUACGGGUCAUUACUGCUCUUCAAUGUUUUCUUUCCAUUUAGCUAGCAGCAUGUGGUUUAAAUCACCAGACUAAUAAACUUUUUACAAUAUCUUA